AUGGAGAGCGAAGAAGCCAAUACGCGCAUGACCAACAUGGAAAACCAACUGGCCCAACUUACCGCCAUGAUGGCCGAAAUAAGUCAGAAACUCAAGGAUCCUCCGCCUGCACAUGCCACCGAGGCUUCUGUCCCCACCUCGUCAGGGCAUACUCCCCCAUUAGCCAUUGAUCCACAUGCCACGGAUCCUCCUGAAAAGGGGACAGCAUCAGAUUCCCCUUCUGUCACACCGAUCAUUGUAAAUCUGGACCCUGUUCCAAGGAAGGAGCCUAUCUCCCGCCUCGAUGAGGAAAGCGCAAGGCGCCUAGCCAAGAUGGAGGAACGACUCUGUGUUCUUCAAGGGUACGAGAUGCGAGGGGUUGAUAAGUUAUCUCCGUAUGCUAAAGUGAAAGUCCCUGAAACCUUCAAGGAACCGGAAUUUAGCAUGAAAUAUGAUGGCACCAGUUGCCCUAAGACUCAUCUCAAGUAUUACUUGAGAAAAAUGGCUCGUUAUUCCGACAACAUACCACUCCUCAUCCAGACCUUCCAAGAUAGCUUGAUUGGCCCUGCCUUGUCAUGGUUCAUUGCGCUGGAUGUUGAGACGAUCACAGCAUGGGAAGAUCUUGCCGAAGAGUUCCUUCAGCAGUACAGGUUCAACUCUGAAAUCAUCCCCACGAGAGAAGACUUGGUUCAGCUAGAAAAGAGAAGGAAUGAACCUUUCAAGGCAUUCGCUCAAAGAUGGAGGACAAUGGCAUCACAAGUAAAGCCCCCGCUGAUCGAGAGGGAGAUGAGGCAACUUUUUCUGAAAACCCUGCCACCUGAGUAUUUUCACGGAAUGUUAACUUCUGGAUGUCAAACAUUUUCCCAACUGGUGGAAGUGGGCGAAGGGGUAGAAUGGGCUAUUGUCGAUGGGAGAAUGCCCGCAGGGAAUAGCAAAGGAUUCCCAACAAAGAAGAACAAGGAAACUGCUGUCGAAGUCGCAUUUGUCCAAGAACCGUCUAAGUCUUUCUCAGCACCCCCACAAAAGCCAUCAAUCGUACAAGGGCAUGCGCCCCAAGGGUAUGAUCGAAAUAAGAGAUUUCCUCAUAGGGAAUUCUCCCCGCUGCCAAAAUACUUGUCAAAGUUGUUGCCCAUGCUCAUUGAGAGGAGGAUGGUAGCCAAAGAAGUACCUAGGGACAAUCCUCCAAGGUUCCCUGGGUUUGACAUGACUAAGACAUGCGAAUACCACCGGGGGGAAAGGGGGCAUGACACGGACAAUUGCUUUGCACUAAAGAUUAAGAUUCAAAACUUGUUGGACAAGGGAAUUCUAUCGUUCGAGAGAGCGCGACCCAAUGUGAAGCAAAAUCCUUUGCCCGACCAUGCCGAGGGCGUAAAUGUGGUGUUCGAAAAAGCGAAUGUGAGCAAACAAACCUUCAUGGUGAACAUCCCAAGGCUAUACGAAAUUCUUCAGCUAGCUGGACACCACGAAGGAGGAAAGGAUGUGAUGAUGGAAGAAAAAUUAGACUAUGUUCGUAGAAUGAUGAGCAUGGGCGUAAUUUGGAGUGCUGAUAUGGGACAGGGAUUAGUCGCCAUGACAACACUGGUCGUGAUAUACUUCUCUGAUGAAGAUUAUGCUAGUGAUCAGGAGGUGGAGGAUGUCGAGCCAGUGAUAAUUGAUCUCGCAACUGAAGAAUUAUCAGCAAUCCAGGUUGGAAGGGAGGAUAUGACGCGAGUUGUAAUUGAGCUGCCACCCCUAGAAGAAGAAGGGGCCAUAAUCCUUGAAGCCCCUCCGGAUUUCAAUACUAAGGCGGUCCCGUGGGAUUACGAAACGGAUGAAGUGGAUGCUAUCACCCGAUCAGGUCGCUGCUAUGCGCCUGCCGGGGGAAUUGAGAAAAAAGCAGUGACCGAAGAAGACGCAAAGCAAUUUUUGGCAGUAAUAAAAACGAGUGAAUUCAACGUGGUAAACCAACUGCGGAAAAUGCCAGCCCAAAUCUCUCUCCUGGAUCUUUUCAAAUCUUCUGAGAAACACAAGGAUGCCUUAUUAAAGGUCCUUAACGAGGUUCAUGUCCCGGAGACGAUCGACGAAGCCUAG